AAUGUCGGCUACAGCGUCAAGGCUGGUAGAAGCGGCCUCGCUUGCAAAGUCUGAACCGAAGAAGGCCGAGCAGAUCUACAAAGACAUUCUCAACGCCGCCGCGUCAACAAGUAGUGGUGCACCGGAGUCCAGCGAGGCGCUGCGGGAGCAGGAGGCUGCGUUGGUGAAACUCGGCGAACUAUAUCGAGACCAGAAGAAUGCGGAAGGUGUCGCUGAAGUCAUAACUCUUUCACGAUCGUUUAUGUCAUCUACGGCGAAAGCCAAGACUGCCAAACUCAUCCGCACCCUCCUGGACUUCUUCAACUCUAUACCCAACUCUCAAAAGACGCAAAUCAGGAUAUUGACCGACAACGUCGAGUGGGCGAAGCAGGAGAAGCGCAUCUUCCUUAAGCAAAGUCUCGAGACACGUCUCAUCGGGCUGCAGCUAGAAACCAAUCAAUUCAAACCCGCUCUCUCACUGAUCGACAACCUCCUCACCGAACUCAAGAGGUUGGACGAUAAAAUGAUCCUCACCGAGGUCCAUCUCCUGGAAUCACGAGUGUACCGUGGGAUCGGCAAUUUCGCCAAGUCAAAGGCUGCUUUAACAUCUGCCCGUACCGCUGCAAACUCGAUAUACUGUCCACCGCAUCUGCAAGCCGCGCUCGACUUGCAAUCCGGCGUCCUCCAUGCGGAAGACAAGGACUACACAACCGCAUACUCCUACUUCUUUGAGACGUUUGAGAACCUUUCCUCUCAAGACGAUCCGGGCGCAUUGAACGCGCUCAAAUACAUGCUCUUAUGCAAAGUCAUGCUCAAUCUGCCCGAAGACGUUACCUCUCUACUGUCCAUAAAACUGGCGGCGAAGUACGCGCAACUCCGGGAAGUUGAGAGCAUGCGCGCCAUCGCUCGUGCACACCAGAAUCGAGACUUAGCCGACUUUGAGAAGGCAUUGCGGGACUAUCGGGAUGAGCUCUCAUCCGAUCCGACGAUCCGUUCCCAUCUUGCUGCGUUGUAUGACACUCUCCUGGAGCAGAAUCUCCUCCGUAUCGUCGAACCUUACUCGGUAGUGGAGGUCGAGUAUGUCGCACAACAGGUCGGCCAGGGACGACAAGAAGUCGAGGCCAAACUGUCACAGAUGAUUCUGGACAAGGUGUUCUACGGCGUGUUGGAUCAAGGACGGGGAUGUCUGCUGGUUUAUGACGAGCCGGAAGUGGAUGACGCGUACGGGACCGCCAUUGAUACCCUUGCGGAGGUUGGGAAAGUCGUGGACUCACUAUACGCUAAGACCGUCCAGAUCGCGUAGCUCAUUGUUCAUCAUAAUUGUAAUGCAUCGCAUCGUUCCGAUCCGUUCUGUCCCCACGCCGUUGUCUCUCAAAUCGACCGUGCGGUAGAAGAAAUGGAGUAUGAACGGGUGUUAGAAUCUUGAGGAUAUCUCACGAUAACGAUUCCCAAAGUAUCAUCAAUCCAGGCAUCGCGACGUUUUC